GCCGUGCAUCGUCAAUUUUCUUCUCCCUUCUUCUCGAGCCACUGCACAACCCGCCUCGAGCUUCAACCACGUCUUUGCUGCGUCAUCGUGCAAGGAUUGUUUUCGCUCCGUGUCUCUCAUCCUUCUCCGUCCGACUCUGACACCGUUGGAAACCGAGCCGGCCCAUAUCAACUCGUCAGGCUCAACCCCCGUCUGGCGAUUCUGAACCACUCGACUCUCCGCAUCCCGAGCUCUUGAGCUUCCACAGAUUUGCACCUCACAGUCCUCUGCUCGGUUUGCUGGAAUAUUGCCCGAGUCUGAGACCGUGUCGUUGCUUCCUGUGCACUUCGGAGACUUUUACUUGCUAUCAUCCCACCUAGAUACUAGCUUCCCUGUCGCCACUCUUGUUUCCAUCUCGUCGGUCACCUUGAGGCCCGACAACCACCCCUGGCCCCUGUUUACCCGUCCUAUGAUAUAAACGAGAAAAAAAGAGUGCGAAUCAUCAGCUCUUAGCAACGGCCCAAUUUUUCCUCUGUCUAAGCCGUCGAAGAAUCAUUUGCAGCAUCUCUCAUCUUGCUACCGAGAUCACGUUAUCUUUAUUCAUCUCUCUUACUUGAGCAGUACCCCAGCAAAGUCUCUGGGAAUGCCUUACACGCCUCCCUCCCACCGAUCUCCCGCCUCCUCAGCGACCGUCUCUCCCGAUGUGAGUCGGCGUUCAUCAAUCACAUCCGGCCCGAAGCCGUCGCUGCCUCGGUCUGCCUCGUAUCUCAGCAAGAACCGCCGAACACCGUCUGCACCCCCGUCCACGGAGGCUCACUCGACGCCGUCUCCGCCCUAUGGCUCCUCCGACGAGGUCAAGAAUGCCGGUGCGGCCCCUGCCGUGAGUGCUAGCCUGCGCAAGUCGCCGCCGCCGGUGACGGACGACCGCGGGAUUCCUAAUGCAGCCAUCAUCUCGCCGCCCGACUCGGCAUCGUCGGAUAGCGAAGAUGACAGCCGUCCGGAGAUCCGGGGGCGCAAACUGGGGAAGCUCAGGGACGCCGUCAGCCAGAUCCCCCAGCCCCGAACGCCGUCGCCGCCGAGCAAAGAGUCGAGACUCAUCCCCGACGAUGAGACUCCUCGAAGCAUCGUGCACACCAGCUUCAGCGCCAUGAGCCUGAGCGAUCUGCCCAAGGCGACUGGGCGACGGGGCCACGUCCGGUCAGCUACGGAUCCCAACGUCUCCGCUAUCAUGACCUCUGCCGAGAACUCUCAGACCGUCUCGGAGGACUCGGAAGACGACAUGAGGCCGAAGCCGCCCAUGGUGCGAAAGAAGUCGGGCGAGCUGGUGAGGCCAGCUUUGCGAGGGCACAAGCGGCCCUCAAGUGUGCCCGGCACUCCCAUGUUCACCAAGGCUGUGCACUUUGACUCGCACCUGGAGCACAUCCGCCACUUCCUGCAGGUCGACCGACCUCUUGCCGUCAGCGCCGGUUCGUCUCCCGUCGAAAACUACGACAGCGAGGCAGAGUAUCCGUUCCCUGGCGGCGAGAAGCGGACCGUGGCGCGAUCGCCACCUUUUGAGUGGCAGCUCAUCACCAACAACUUCCCACAGGACUCGCCGCAGCGACGCGAGCAACCCAAGUCGGUUGUCUGCCGUUUCACGCUCGACUAUUGGAAGACGACUUCGGAAGUGGCAGCCGAGUUCACCCAUGAGAUUCGCCCUCAGGUCACUCGUGUCCCCCAGGACCGCUUCACCUUCUCCAUCAAGCUGUCGGACACAAUCAACCUGGAGAUGAAGACGCUGUACUUCUGCAUCCGCUACAACGUCAACGGCCAGGAGUACUGGGACAGCAACAACUCGGCCAACUUCCAGGUCGACUUCCGCAAGCAGUUCAAGCCUCAGAACGGUAAGAACAGCUUCCAGGGCGCUGUGUCACGGUCCGCCAGCAACAACUUGCCGCGCAGCAACCGCAAGCAGACGCCCGCGGGUUCCGGCCGGUCCGGACAGAUGCCUUUCUCGUUUGACGAUUUUGAUAAGAAACCAAAGUUUAAGUUUGACGACCAGCACAUCAACGACUACUUGGGCGAGUCCAACACUCCCGGCCUCCGCCUCAAGACCAAGUCGGCCAGCAACCUGGCCAGUGACAACAUCAGCAGGGGCCUGGGCCUGACUGCCCCCAGCGGAUUGGCUUUUGCUAACCGCUACGACUUUGGAGCGUCGUUGAGCGCAGCCGUGCAAGCGGCCAAGGACUCCGCGGCUAAGGACAAGGACGCCCUCUAUAUGAAGAGGAACGUCCGCAACAGCCCGACGCCCAUGUCCUUUGGCCCGCCCCUGACGAGCGCUCCGCCUGCUCCGGAGCCCAGCAAGCCUGCCGUCGCACCUGCUGCUUCGGCCGCCGCUGCCGCUGCCGCUGCUGCUCCCUCACCCAACGUUGGUCUUGGGCUCGGCCUUUCCAGCUCUUCCUACGAAGAGCUCGUCAGUAAAUACUGCUUUUUUGGUUCGAAGCAAUCCUCCACGGCGGCCACGAACGGAGCCACCAAGAGCGAAGAGAACGAGGGCGGCAGCCCUGCGUCAGAUACCAUGGCGGUUCAUCCCCUUCACCACACUGGUCCUGCGGCUCAUCACAGCCUACACCAACCUAUUGAUAUGAAGCUCGACCGCCCUCUGACCGCUGACUAUCUCGCGGCAUCGCCCUCAUCCCCUCUCGACUCUAUGUCCUCUGUCCUCAUCAGCAGAGAGCAGACGUCUACUCCCAAGUCCAUGACGCACAUGAGAUCGCCAUCGCCGUCCUUUUCUUCAUCACCAACUGAUGCCCCCUUCUUCGCACAGCAGAUGAUUCAACAACGAUUUCGCUGGCACGGAGAGCCUCAUACCGCUACUGCCAUCCGGGGCUAGAUCGUCUACGGAAGCGUUUAUCGGAUGAGGUCAUCGGCUAUAUACAGGAUCUUUCUUGGUUAACUGUGUUUUCCUGUUUCCUCUCUUUUUUAUCAACACUGACGAUUUUUUGAUCACGACAAAAAAAUGCACUUGUUUUGGGUUUGGCCAGCAAACCCCCACCACCACGGGUGUCCUCUGUUUAACACUACGAGGCUCUUACAUGAUGUGUCUUGUCACACUUUCUCAUUCAACGGGCCCUGAAACAUAUUGGGGUUCGCUUUGCAGCCGUCGAUUCUCCUUUGUUGCUCGCAGCAACAGGCAAGAGCGGGAGUUGUAUUAGUCCAUGUUGUCUUUCCUUCGUCCUUCAUGUCUGGUGCUUUUCUGGUUCUUGUCAGUAUUAUCUCUUGGAGUUUGGCCACACACGACGGGGUUUGUCUUUGUUUCGCUUGGCGCUCACAAGGGCAUAUGGGAAGUUUGGUCUUUUGCCUUUCUAUGUUGUUUUCCUGUUUUGGUUGUCUCUGUUUCCUUUAUACUGCGCGCUGGAUUCGGUUCAUGACAGGUCUCGCGAUGGAGUCACUCUACCACUACGGUUCAUCUCCUGUGUUACAUCUCUCACGGGGUUUCCUUCUUGUCACGCUCUUCUAUACGUCUCUCACGGCUCCAGACCGUCAUGAACAAGAAGACCGGGCGGAUUGAUCACGACUUUUCAACGCUCUCAUUUGUGUAUUUUUCAGGGAAUGGACCGAAAAGCGGCCGAAGGGUUGGGGUUUUCGGUCCAGGGUGCAUUGGGCUACUUGUUUACGAGCAGGCGGAGAAUGGAAAGGAAAAAGUCGGGUUGAUAAUGGUAUUGAUUGUUCCGAUUUGGGUCUUGCAGGCACUCUGGUACUGCCAGAGUAACUGCUGCUACAACUUACUACACGCAAGAGAUCAGACAUAAAUGAAAUUGCCUAGAUUACAGACGUUAUGCCUAG